GAGCGGCCAGACCCUAUAGGCCCCCAGGAUCCCCAAAAGGAAGUUGAGGCUAGUCUUGAUUAGGCUAAGCGCCCCAUAGCCUACCUCCGCGACCUGUCGUUACGUGUGGGGUGUCGUCACACCUGCCGCCCGCGCCUCUUUGACCUCCAUGGUCGUCUGCGACGACUCGUUGGUGCCACUCCUCAGAUUAUUUGUUUCUGACUUCCGAUACAUUGUGCUUUGAACCAGAUCCAGCUCACAGAAUUUAGUCGUGCAGUUCAAUCGCUUCCAAUUCGCCUAUGACCCCUGAAUUUGUUGCUCCUUUCACUCUACCAUCCUCUUCGCAACGACCUCUGAUCCGAACCAAAGCCUAAUCUCGAUUUGCUCUUCCAUAGAAUGGACGACGCCACCCACAACGAUCACCGCCAUGGAUCACAGAAUCAGAGUGGCUCGGAUGGCACGUCAACCAUUCGAAGGCUGUCACAGGGACUGGAGGAUUCGCGGCCACGCGAAGGGUCCAUGGCCAUGACGAGCGAGGGGGCGUCCUCAGUUUUCUCCGGGGAUGCACAACUGGACGGACGAAGAGUGGCGCCUGAGACGAAGACGGAAGACCGAAUGGAAUCCGCAGAUUGUACGGGGAAGCGAGCAUCGAGCGUCGAGGGAGUAUCGCGACCCUCAGAGAUGGAAGUUGCCCCCUUCAUAUCUUCAGAAGAAGCCACUCUCACUGCGGCAAACCCUCGAAGAUUGCCGUCCACCGAGCCGUUCGAGAAUGGCUACCACUUUCCGCCAAAAUACUCCUGGCAGGAGUCAACACGGCACGGCUUGAAGGCGUUCUGGAAGUUCUUUAUCACACCGAUGGGCUUCUUUUGGACCUUCUACGGUCUGAAUGUCGUCGCCUGGGGCGGUAUGCUGUUUCUACUCCUCUGCAACGCAUCGCCUGCGAUGUGCUACCCUACCUGCGACGACAUCAACUCACCGCGGCGGAAGUGGAUCGAAUGGGACGCCCAGAUCUUAACGGGGCUCUUUUGCGUGACUGCCUUUGGUCUCGCGCCCUGGAGAUUCCGCGACCUGUACUACCUCCUCCAGUACCGGGUUAUGGGGGAGCACGAGGGCCUUCGGCGGCUGGCUGGGAUUCACAGCAGCUGGUUCCGGCUCCCGGGUACGCAGGAGAUAGCCGUGGAUGUGGGACCCGACAACAUUCCUGAGGGUCUCCCUCGCCGCUUCGUCCCCAUUCCGGAGAAGAGCAUGCCCAAGCCCCCGUUGACCGGCAUCCGGGCACCCGCGACCAAAGUGUGGAAGCUCGACUUCGUGAUUUGGACCAUGGUUUGGAACACAUUUGCCCAGUGCGCUCUCUGCGGCAUCAUGUGGGGCAUGAACAGAUACGACCGGCCGAGCUGGGCGACCGGCUUUCUGGUGGCCAUCGCCUGUGUCAUUGCUAUGGUGGGCGGCUACGUCAUGUUCUUGGAGGGCAAGAAGGUCAAAAGCAUCGAAGGCGUGCCGCUUACCGAUCGGGACCUCGAGAAGCUCGCACGCGACCAGGAGUUGGGCAUUACCCAUUACAAUAACAUCAAGGACAAGAAGCCCAAACAAAAGGGCCGGGGUGACCCCGAAAAAUAAGAAAACAGCGAAAGGGGAUAGUACUAGAAACACAAACAGAGCUUAGGAGAAGAGUACCCAUAUGGAUUUGCUAGGGUUAUCUGCGGGAACAUGAGACCGGUCUAAUGGCGUUGAAACAAACACGGGGACACGGAUAGAACGGCCGGCUAGCAGCACUGAGGUUAUAGAAUCUCGAUGACGGUUACUGCUUCGUAAUGGACUUCCAUCACUUCGAUCAAUCACAAUGAAACUUCCUGCUUGACCAAGCUAUCUACCAAUAAUAACCCAAG